AUGGCCUCUGGGGAACAGACGGAGGAUUUGAAUUGUCCGGUUUGCCAGAAGCCGAUCACCGACCCGGUUUCGCUGGAGUGCGGCCACACCUUCUGCAAGCCCUGCAUCGCGGCGACGUGGGGCAAGAAGGGAUCGAACUCUUGUCCCGAGUGCGGCGAGGCCUUUUCGGGCACAAACUUCGGGGUGAAUCGGGCCGCCGCCGAGAAGGCUCGGAGCUUCAAAGUGGAUUUCACUCAGAGAGGGAGCAAGACCCAUUGCAAGGAACAUCAGGAAGAAGCGAUGCUCUUUUGUGAGAACGAUAAGGAGGUGAUCUGUCUGAAAUGCGUGGCCGCACCGGAGCACGGAGACCAUCGCUUUAUGUCCAUUAACGAGGCCGCCGAGACCUACAAGGAUCGGCUGAAAAAAUCAUAUAACACACUCACAGAGAAGCAAACCAUGGUUAUUGACUUGGAGCGGCAGCAGCGACUGAAGUUGACCAAGAUUAAGUCUGCUGUUUUCAAAGUUAUGCCUCUUGCUUACAGAUCUGCGCAACAGAAGGACAAGAGGAAUGGUGAAGAAGAGGCCCAAGAAGAGGCCUGUGUUGUUGAAGGCCUUGUCCCUGAAGAGACCCAGGAUCUGUCCACGAGCAUGCACAACAACAUCAGCAGUGAAUAUGCAAGGAUGCAUAGAAUUCUCUCGGAGAAAGAGUACCGUUUAAUCAAGGAGCUGAAGAAACAAGAGGAGAAUGCGCUGGAUACAAUCGGACAGAAUCUUCACGGAAUCCAGACCUACUUAGGUUUUGUCGAUAAAAGAUUGUUAAAGAUGCAACAAAGAAUGUAUCUGAAGGACAGUUUUGCACUUCUGAAGGAGGAAUCUCAGAAGAGGAGGAUUAACGAUGACGAUGGCCAACCAACAGUGGAGGACGUCAGCCUGGCCAUUGACAAAUUUAACGGUCCCAUACUCUACAUCACAUGGAAGGACAUGAUCAACUAUAUUAGCUCCGCUCCGGCCCCUCUGACUCUGGAUCCGAAGACGGCCAACCCUUGGCUGGUGGUCUCCAAGGACCAGACCAGCGUGAGGUGCGGGGACAGGCGGCAGGAGCUGCCCGACACCCCGGCCCGCUUCGACCGCAGAGCCUACGUGCUGGCGACAGAGGGCUUCUCCUCGGGCCGCCACUACUGGGAGGUGGAGGUGGGAGACAAGAUUUGGUGGGGGCUGGGGGUGGUGGAGGAGACGGCCAACCGCAAGGGGAGCGCCGACCUGAAGCCGGAGACGGGGUUCUUCACCAUCUGCCUGCUCCCCGGGAAGGGGUACGUGGAGUUCACCUCCCCGCCCCGGGGCCUGCUCACCCCCGCCGUCAACCCCAGGAAGAUCGGCGUGUUCCUCGACCACGAGUUGGGCCAGGUGACGUUCUACAACGCGGACGACAUGUCCCACCUCCACACCUACACCCACACCUUCAUCGAGAAGAUCUACCCCAUUUUCAGCCCGGGUCGGAACGACGCCGGGGACAACUCAGCGCCGCUGAGAAUCCGCAGAGUUAAAAUUCACUAA